AAAUUAUAUUAGAGUUGUACCACGACCAACAAGAUCCGAAACCGAAUAAAGUUAAAGAGAGGAGAGCGGACGAACACAGCACGGUGUUGAAAGACAAAGAGUAGAGAGCAUAAUAUCAUACAAGUUUGUUGUACUACCUACACAUCAGGACGAAGUAGGAGAUCCAUCAUUCGACAUUAGCAGGAGAUCCAUCAUUCAACAUCAACCAAAGAACCACGACACAACGCACCAGGAGCGGUUAAAAUAAAGUCGUAGUAAAAUUAUAUCGGUGAAGCUGCAACGGAUCAUACGGAUUAAAAAAUUUUCUGUCAAAUAUUAAAAAAAAAAUGGGCGGGUCCGCGAGUCGUUCCGUGGUUGUCGUGCAGAACUUCGACACGACUCGGUACCUCGGGGUUUGGUGGGAGCGCGCCCGUCUGCCCAACCCGUUUCAAGACGGCAAGAAAGCGAAGGCAAUUUACUCGAAAAUGGAAGAAGGUGGACCACAAGUAGAAGAAGAAAACAGCGCGUACGAGUUUCUGAAAGUGGAAAACAGCGACCUCCAGCCGGUGGACAAGACGGACCCGGCGUCCAAGCUGCACCGGGUCACGCUGGAGGGGAAGGCGCGGAAGCCGAAAGACUCGACCGAGGGGGUGCUGCAGGUGAAGAUCGGCAACGCGCCGUUCUGGGGCGACUACCAGGUGAUUGACACGGACUACGAAAACUACGCAUUGAUUUAUUCCCGCGUUUCCUUCCUCGGGAUUACCUUCAAGGAAUUUGCCUGGGUGCUGGAGCGCGCGGAGAACCCGACCACGAAGGAAAAGGCGGAGCAGCGGGUGCAAAUGCUCAUCGAUGGGGUCUAUCAAAUGUAAAUGACAUGUCUGGGUCCUCUGGAAAGUUGUGUUGCUGAUAGUACAUGCAGCAUUGCAGACUGGCACUGGCCGCUUAUAGGACGGCAUAUUAAAGACACCAUGAGAAGAUCUCCGCGCCUUAUUGCGAAUUCAUUCGUGAACAAGCACGACAAGUUGCCUUCCAGCACGACAAAAAAACUUCCCACUGCUGUCCUUGCACUUCUACAUAUCGUGCUGUACUACUUCUUCAACUCUCGCAACACAAAUUCCACCAGACCCAGACGUAUUUGCAAUGUCGAUAGAGUCAACAAGGGCGGCAAGGAAACGAAGGUCACCAAGGAGGACUUUUUGUACACUGGUUUCGACGGUGGCGAGGGGUCGGAACUGUAGGGAUAAGUAAAAAUCGCUGUGAAGAAGUACAAGUACUAGCUCUGCUUAGUCGCCGUGGCUGCGGGGGUGAGGACGAGCCAAAAAGGGUGCUUGUUGUGCAACUUCCGCGGAACAUGAUUCGGACAAGAAAGAAUUAGACUUCUGCAUUCCUUCGCAUAGGAAUAGGUUUUUGCUUUGAGUUUUGGAGGACGACCACUGUGUGGUUACUACGUCACAGCGUGGGCGAGGUUCAAUGAUAGAUGUUUUCGAUACCGAUCAUAGACUCCGAAGUCUUGUGAUGUUGUGCAUGUGUAAAAUAGUGUUGUGCAGCAACAAGGGUUGCAAAAAACAAAUUCCGGCUCCUUGUUUGGGCCCACGACAUCUUCGACAUUAUGUACUGGCAAGGAAAUGGCCAAUUGGAAUUGAGAAACCGAAAAACUCAUUCAUGACUCUGGUAUCAAGCCAGACCUCCGUACCACAUUUUGAGCAAGAUAAGUGUACGUGGCCUCUGCACGUAGCAGCA